GGCACAUUCAUCUUCAUGAUGUUUGGCUGUGCAGCUCUUGCACAGGUGAAGACCAGUCGAGGCAGCAAGGGACAAUACUUGUCAGCCAACAUGGCUUUCUCUGUGGGUGUUAUGUGUGCCAUGUACUGCUGUAGGGGAAUCUCAGGAGCUCAUAUGAACCCUGCAGUAUCUCUAAGCUGUUGUGUGCUGGGCCGCCUGGCUUGGUCGAAGCUACUACCCUAUUGUUUGGCUCAAGUGAUUGGGGCUUUCCUGGCUGCGGGGCUGGUCUUCUUGAUGUAUCAUGAUGCUAUAAUGAGCUACAGUGGUGGCGUUCUGACUGUGUAUGGUCCCAAUGAAACUGCCUCCAUCUUUGCAACGUACCCCGUUGAAUUCCUGUCUUUGGGAAGCAGCUUUCUUGACCAGGUGGUUGGAACAGGAAUGGUAUUGCUGUGCUUCCUCCCAUUGGAUGACCAGCAAAACAGCCCCGCACCUCCUGAUCUGGUCCCACCACUUGCUGCAACUGUGCUUUUGGGCGUCUCUAUGUCAAUGUCGUAUAACUGCGGUGGUGGGAUUAACCCUGCUAGAGACUUUGGCCCCCGCCUAUUCACUUUCAUGGCUGGAUGGGGCUCUGACGUAUUCACGUGCUAUAACUACUGGUUCUGGGUGCCUAUUGCUGCACCAAUGCUGGGGGCAGUCAUAGGUUCCUACAUUUACCUCAUCUUCAUCCAGUGGCACUUACCAGAUCCUGACACAGACACCUGUGCCAAUGCUUUAAAUAUUUUACCCAAGUUGGAAGAAGUGGAAACGAUCACCCAAAAUGGAACUGAACACAAGUUUUAGAGAAGGCUGUGGUGGUUGGAAAAGAAUGCAGGACUUUGUUUUGUACUGGUGAAUGCCUUGAUUCAUUAUCAAAUAAUCUAUUUUGGUCACAGUCCAGUUUUGAACUGUGUCACAGUAAAGGUUCUCUGAUGUGUUUUUAAUAUUGCAAUGCAUGUUAGUCUUGAUGCGUAUCAAAAAUAA